GUGGUUCUGGACACCCUUGUCCAUGCGCGCCCCCCCAAAUCCCGUGUCCACCUGGACCACACCCCCUGCCCUGCCUUCAUCAUUUUCGCGACUUGCCUCUUUCCACCGAACCUCAGCAUUUCAGCUGGCAGCAGCAGCAACAGCCCUCUUCCCUUUUGCUUCUUUUCUUUUUGGUCUCCCGUCGUGCAUCGCCUGCAUCAUUGAUGAAGAAGAAGACAUGAACUGCCGGUGCACCUCACCUACCUUUGCUUUCCUUUGCCUUUUUGAUAGGCGCAGCAACCAUCCUUCCUACUCUGUACCUUAUUUAUUAGCAGGCAUUCUCAGCCACUGACGACGUACGAAGACGGCAUUCUCGUCAGAAAUGAUUUCCCUGCCAAAAAAUAAAGAACGCCAGAAAUCAAAACGUGAGAACUGGAAACCUGUCCUGUCCAACCCAACCCACGGAACCUUUUUUUGAAUCAACAGCCGGAGACUGGAGAUGGUGUCCUCAGACCAUGACGACAACGUUCCAUAUGUGUGUGGGCAACAGGUACAGGUAGGCGCCCUGGGGGACAUGGAAAGGCUGGAUGCAGCAGGCACAUCGCAUUCGUGGCGUCCCGUUUGUGCUGUGUAGUCGUUGGCGUUCCAUACCGUGCACAGCAGGUUUCGGUCAUGAUUGAAGUUUCCAAAAACGUCAACGAUGAAGAUGGAAGUUUUGUCCCCAGAUCCCCUUCCUGUACGCUGUCUAUCAUAACAAAGUCCAAUGCAUCUGUAACGGCCAACGGACUCGCUCGGGACGGUCUUAGCUUGCACUUCAGUCGAGCGUUUCCAUCAGGCUGGCGGUCCAAUAUGGGCAUUAAGGUUCAGCCUGUGGCCUCCUCGCAUCAAUGUCCGAGGGAAAAUCCAGUGCCACUUGUACCCAUUCCAACGAGCCACGCUGGGUUGCCCAUGAGACAAGCGAUAGACGAUGCAUGGGCGAUCAAUAACGGGUGUCUCUAGAGAGGGCCCCUUCUUUCUUCCGUUGCACCCAGCCAACACCCCGCCAAAUAUGUCAACCGUAUUCUGUUAUGUCAUUGCUGUCUAUGCCUCGGAAGCAAACAAGCACGAGAACAAGGUUCGUUUGAUGUCUUCGGGGUUCCAACGCACUUAGACGCUGCAGGCAGCAAAUCAGGACACCAAACGACAACAAAGAAAAAUUGAGAGCCACCAACAGUGCCGAAAACUUCAAAGCUUCCAGACCAGAUCACACAAUGCUGGCUGCCGCCUUGUGCCAUAUGGAAGCCUGUUGGAAGGUCACGUGCUGUUCCGCCAAGGGUUGGUCCAAGCUUCUUUUGGAAGAAGCACGCACCACCCGCCCACUGUGGGCGCGCGACACACCGAGCAGGACGCGUUGGGAAAGGUCCCCUCAUUCGGCAGCUGUUUCGUCCCUCAUCGCGAAACCCAAAUGACGCCGACAGCAACACGGCGCUAUCUCAAGACAGUAUCUUUUGUUUGUUGCACUCGAUUGAUUUCAGAAGAAUAGUGGCCAUAUCUUCUCUUUUUUUUUUCUGACUCGGCUGUCGAGUCGACAGCACCAGAGACAAGAUGCAUAUCAAACAGAUUAUUAUCCAGGGCUUCAAGAGCUACAAGGAACAAACCGUCAUCGAACCUUUCUCUCCAAAGACCAAUGUCAUUGUCGGGCGCAAUGGCUCUGGCAAGAGUAACUUCUUCGCUGCGAUCCGAUUCGUUCUCAGCGAUGCCUACACCAACAUGAGCCGCGAAGAGCGGCAGGCUCUGCUGCACGAAGGAUCAGGCUCUGCGGUCAUGUCGGCCUAUGUCGAGAUCAUCUUCGACAACACCGACAAGCGUUUCAGCGAACCGGGCGAUGAGGUGGUGAUUCGGCGGACGAUUGCCCUCAAGAAGGACGAAUAUUCCGUCGAUCGAAAGGUCCAGACCCGCGCAGAUGUGUUGAAGAUUCUCGAGACGGCCGGUUUCGCCAAGGAAAACCCAUUCUACAUUGUACCCCAGGGUCGCAUCGCGGCCAUCACCAACAUGAAGGAGUCCGAGAGGCUCAACCUUCUAAAGGAAAUAGCGGGUACCAACACCUAUGACGACCGGAGGAUACAGUCGCUCAAGAUCAUGGCCGAAACCAACAGCAAGCGCGACAAGAUUGACGAGACUCUGGUGUACAUAAAGGAACGACUUAGGGAGUUGGAGGAAGAAAAGGACGAGCUUCGCGACUUUCAGGACAAGGACAGGGAACGCAGGUGUCUCGAGUAUGCCCACUGGCACCGUCUGCAAAAGACCAAUGCUGAGACUCUUGAGCAAGUGGAGGAAGCCAGGCAAGGGGGGGCAGGGGCCUCUACGAAAGAUCGUGCCCAACUCCGAAAGACGGAGAAGGAGAUUGCUGUUCUGGACCAGAAGGCCCACGAACUCAGACAAGCUCUGGAGUACCUCACUAUCGAACGGCGCCAACUGGAUGACGACCGCAAGGACGCGGCUAGGGCGCGUGCCAAGGCCGAGCUGAAGACCAAGCAUUUGGACGAGAGCAGGCAUGUCCGCGAACAAACACGACAAAGGCAGGAAGCCGAGCUUCAGGAGGUCAGGCAAAAGAUUCAACAAGCCGAAGCAGAGCUCGUCAGAGUGCAGCCCGAAUACGAGAAGCUGAAGGCUGAAGAGGCUGAGAUCAAGACUCAAAGAGACUCUGUUGCUGCUGGGCGAAAACGACUUCUUGUCAAACAGACCAGAAGCAGUCAGUUCAAGAACAAGGCGGAACGCGAUGCAUAUCUUCGCAAUGAAAUCCAGGAGGCGACAUCAUCUCUCGGUCUCCAAAAAGCGAACGCCAUGGACGCGAGGGAGCAAGUUCAGCAAGUGGAAAGUUCAAUUGCGCAGCUUGAACAGUCCAUUCAGCAUAUCAGGGCCAGAAUGGAAAGCUAUGGAGGCAACCGCACUGCUCUUUUUGAGAAGUUGACCAAGGCGCAGGAGGCCAGGGAACAGCUUGAAGAGGAACGAAAGCGGCUUCGUCGUGAGGAUGACCGGCUCAGCUCGCAGAUCAGCAGCACCAGGAUGGACAGAGACCAAGCAGAAUCGCAUCUCUCACAUGCUAUGGAUUCGGCGACGUCCAAGGGUCUUGCCACUAUUCGAAGGCUUAAGCAGGAGAAGAAUAUUCCCGGCGCUUACGGGACGCUGGCAGAGUUGAUGAGUGUGCCGAUGGAUGCCUACAAGCUGCCAGUGGAACAGGUCGCAGGAAACAGCCUGUUUCACUACAUCGUGGAUAACCAGGCCACAGCGACGAUGCUGUCUGAUCACCUGUAUAAGAAUUACGGCGGUAGACUUACCUUUGUGCCCCUCGAACAGAUUCGCCCAAGGCAGGUUAAGAUGCCGAGGGCGUCCGACGCCCAGCCCCUCAUCAGCAAGAUUGAGUUCGACCCAUUAUAUGAGAAAGCAUUCCAGCAAGUAUUUGGCCGGACCAUCAUCUGCCCAAGUCUGGCUAUCGCUUCUCAGUACUCACGCUCACACGGCCUUGACGCCAUCACUCCCGAAGGCGACACAACCAACAAGAGGGGCGCAAUGACGGGUGGUUAUGUCGAUGCCAGGAGAUCACGUCUGGACGCGGUUCAAAAGGUCAGCAAACUGCGUGAGAUCUACGAGGCACAGUUGGCAGAUGCUGCCAAAAUCAGAAAGGAGAUCGAGGUGAUAGAUCAGAAGGUCACGGCAGCAAGGGGCGAGGAAACCAAGAUUCAGCAACAAAUGCGCCGCUUCGACCAGGAUUAUGACCCUCUCAAGGGCGAGCUUCAGAGCAAAAAUUCGCAGCUUGAACGCCAGCGGGCUCAUUACGAGUCUGCAUUGUCACACUUGGCCGAAGUGGAGAAGAACAUGAAGGAGUUGGACGAUUCCAUUCUGGCAUCGCAAAACGAAUUGGCCCAGGACUUUAAGAAGACCCUGUCAGCGAGUGAGGAGCAAGAGCUCGAGCGCCUAGGCAAUGAGUUGAGCGCUCUGCAGAAGGAGUUCAAGGCGAUCAGCACAAAGCGGAUUGAUCUUGAAGGUCGCAAAAAGUCUCUUGAGCAGGAGCUGAACACCCAUCUCCGACCUCAGGAAGAUCAACUUCGAAGCCAGGCUUUCGAGGCCACGACGGCAGGUGGUACUGAAAGCUUCAAAGACGCUCAGAAGGAACUCAAGAAGGCUCAAAAGCUGGCGGCGGAGGCGGAGGCGUCUUUGAAGGAGAACGAGCAGCAGACGGAGCAGACAAGCAGUGAGCUGACCCAGGUAGAAGCUCAAAAGGCGCAAAAGGAACAGGAGCUCCAGGAACUGCAAAGGCGUAUUGAGCAAUACCAGAAGAAGAUGGAGAAGGCCAUUCAGACGAGGGCUCGCCUCAUCAGCCAGGCUGCUGAGUAUGCCAAGAAUAUUAGAGAUUUGGGUAUUCUGCCUGAGGAAGCUUUUGGCAAGUAUGAGAAGAUGAAAUCCGAGCAGAUCGAAACCAGACUUGCCAAGGUCAACCAAGCCCUCAAGAAGUACAAGCACAUCAACAAGAAGGCCUUUGAUCAGUACAACAGCUUUACCACACAGCGAGACAACUUGCUGAAGCGCCGGAAAGAACUUGAUACCUCGCAGGCCUCUAUUGAGACGCUCAUUGAGCAUCUUGAUCAGGAGAAGGACGAGGCCAUUGAGCGUACCUUCAAGCAGGUGUCGAAGGAAUUCUCCACCAUCUUUGAGAAGCUUGUUCCAGCUGGUCACGGACGUCUUGUCAUUCAACGCAAGGCGGACCGUGCCAAGAACAGAGCUGCGAAUAAUGACUCGGAUGAGGAGGGUGUCAGUGGGGUUGAGAGCUAUACUGGUGUUGGCAUCAGUGUGUCUUUUAACUCGAAGGUCAUGGACGAGCAGCAGAAGAUUCAGCAGCUCAGUGGUGGUCAGAAGAGUUUGUGCGCUCUAUGCUUGAUUUUCGCCCUCCAAGCGGCAGAGUCCAGCCCGUUUGUCAUCUUUGACGAGGUCGACGCCAACCUCGACGCACAGUACCGUACGGCAGUGGCCAGCCUCUUGCAGUCGAUUUCGGAGGAGCAAAAGACGCAGUUUAUCUGCACGACUUUCAGGCCGGAGAUUGUGCAUGUUGCUGACAAGUGCUACGGUGUGACGUUUCACAACAAGACGAGCACGAUUGACUGUGUGAGGACGGAGGAUGCGCUCAACUUUGUUGAUGGGCAGAAGAAGUAG